CCAGACCGCAACAGCCCACCCACCGUCUGUCCACUAUCACAGCGACAUCUCCUCCCUCGAAUAUGCACAAACCUACCCCCAUACCAUACCUUAAUGGCUGACAUCAAGAAAGAAACCGACGGCCCAACACCGUACUCGCCCGCCGGCUUCGAUUUCGACCAGCUUCCUGACGCACACAACGAUUUCUACAAUGAGGCCGACUUUGUCGAAUUCACAAAAGCCCUCCAAGCACCCGAGAAUUCGCCCUCCGCCGAGGAUAUCACUCUGCCUCAACCCGAACCACGAAGAUUUAUCACGGCCCUCAACGACUGGCGGCCCAUACAUCAGCGUGUGCGCCGGAGACGGAAGCAUGGGAAGCCCCCUCGCCGCGGCAAAGAUGAAACCCGCGAGGGCUUUUUCUAUGGCGUGCUCAAGUGGCCAUUCCUGCUAGGCGUGUUUGCGUGGCUUUUUGUCUUGAGUAUAGGCUACAUUCUGACUCGCUUCUAUGUUUACACUUACGAACACUGGGUCACAUGGCGUGGGAGGCGCCAGAGACUCCGUGCCCAGCUGCAGGCUGCAAGGACCUACGAAGAAUGGAUCCAAGGGGCAAAGGAGCUAGACACAUAUCUUCACAAUGACGAGUGGAAGGAAAACCCCGACUACGCUUACUACGAUAAUAAAAGUGUGCGCAGAGUCCACCAUCAAAUGGCCAAACUACGUCAGCAGGCAGAAUCGCAGGAAAACGGUCCCGUCGGUGAACACCGCGCUGUCGAGGAUCUCCGAGCUAUUGUAGAGGCUUGCAUAAAAAAUAAUUUCGUUGGUUUCGAGAAUCCACGGUUGUACAGUGAAACGUAUUACGGAACAAAAGAUCUGGUUCAAGAUUUCGUCGACGAAGCCGAGAAAUCACUAUCUUUCCUCCUUCAGACUACACAGCUCGAUCAGGAAACCAAAAAAGCUCUGUUUAAGCACCUUGGCUCCAACUUUGGUCGUACUGCUCUGUGCCUCUCUGGCGGAGCAACAUUUGCUUACUAUCACUUUGGCGUGGCAAAGGCACUUCUGGAUGCCAACCUGCUUCCUGAAGUGAUCACAGGUACCUCUGGAGGCGCUCUUGUUGCAGCAUUGCUGGGCACUAGGACGGAUGAAGAACUGAAGAAGCUUUUGGUUCCUGCUCUCGCCAACCGCAUCACCGCCUGCCACGAUAGUACCUGGACAUGGUUCAACAGAUGGAGACAGACUGGCGCCCGUUUCGACAGUGUCGAUUGGGCUCAACGAGCCUCAUGGUUCACCAGAGGCAGCAUGACUUUCAAAGAAGCAUACCAACGAACCGGGCGUAUCUUGAAUGUUUCAUGCGUACCAUCUGAUCCCCAUUCACCCACCAUUCUAGCCAAUUAUAUUACGUCUCCCGACUGCGUGAUCUGGUCUGCUGUCUUGGCCUCAGCCGCAGUACCUGGGAUUCUCAACCCUGUCGUUAUGAUGAAAAAGAACAAAGACGGCACCUUAUCGCCCUACUCGUUUGGACACAAGUGGAAGGAUGGUAGUCUGCGAACAGAUAUUCCUCUCAAAGCACUCAACCUGCAUUUCAAUGUUCGAUUUUCAAUUGUCAGCCAGGUCAAUCCUCAUAUCAGCAUCUUUUUCUUCUCGUCGCGCGGAUCGGUCGGUCGUCCAGUUACCCAUCGUCGGGGGCGUGGAUGGCGUGGCGGCUUUAUUGGUUCUGCUGCUGAGCAGACGAUAAAACUGGACCUCAACAAGUGGCUCAAAGUCCUUCGUCAUCUGGAGUUGCUUCCCCGCCCAUUAGGCCAAGACUGGAGUGAAAUAUGGCUCCAGCGAUUUAGUGGUACUAUUACCAUUUGGCCCAAAUCCAUCUUAUCGGACUUUUACUAUAUUCUUGCAGAUCCUACGCCUGAGCGCCUGGCCCGCAUGAUACACGUUGGCCAACAAUCCACGUUCCCAAAGCUUAAGUUCAUUGCGAAUCGUGCAAAGCUUGAGCAUGUAAUACAACAAGGCCGUCGUCAACUCCGCCCUCGAGGCACCCAAGACGGUGGCCUAGUGACUACUUUCUCGGAAGACGAUUUGCGCAGUCUCUUACAGCGUACCAAAGGUGGCGCAUUAGAAACCAACCCUUCGUAUCCCUUAUCCGGAUCCGAAUCGUCUUCUUCCGCAGGACCAUCGCGUCCGGGGUCUCCCGUCAACCGUCCCCUAGGAUUCACAUUCACAUCCAAGAGCAAAGGCGUACCACCACGUGUCGCCACGAGUUCAAUAAAAUCCAAACAAACCGCCCCAGACAGUCCAUCCCUCAGCCACCGCUUGUCGGGAUGGUGGUCUUCUCUCGGGCCCAAACAGCAAUCUGGCUCUUCCAAUCCACCCCAACCAUCCCUUGAACCAUCGACACUACGUUCACCACCCCCAGCUUCGCCCUAUCUCAGCUCAAACCGCCCGUCUUCUAUGAUAGAACUCCGCUCAUCUUCGAACCAGCAAGGCCCAUCUCCCUCCCUGUAUCAACUCCAUCAACGGCGUGUGGGCGGUGGAGGCGGCGGCAAUUUCAUGUCCGAGUUACGCAGGCAAAGCAGAGUUUUUGUAGAUGAUGACUCCGACGACGCAGAUAAUAGCGGUCUGCUUGCUGAUUAUGGGGAUGCAGGGAAGCGCUACGAUACCUCAUCUGCUGCUCAAAGUGGACGAAAAAGGCAGCAUGCGCACAAUGGCGAUGACGAGGGCGGUUUUGUGGGCGAUGAUGAGGAUGAGGGCGAGGCUCCAGCAGAAAAUGAAUCCUAUCGUGAUAGCAGGAGAGAGAAAAGUAGGGGGAAGAAAGAUGGUGGUGGCGGCGAUGUUGGGCUUGGGCUUGGGAGGUGA